AUGGGGCGUGCUCAUUUCUCUGGUCGUAAAUUUAAACAUCAAAAGUACAAUACUUUACGAGCUUGUUCAAAUUGUCUGGCCAAUGGUAAAUUUCAACGUUUAGAAGAUAAUCCUAAAAAAAGAGUAGUCAUUAGCAGCAGCAACAACAACAACAACAACAACAACGGGGACCAAAGCAAAGACAACAAUCAUGGAAAAAAUAUGAAAGGAAGAAGUUACCUCAGAAUGUCAAGAAGAAAUCAACAGAAAAGUAAAUCAGUUGUAAUAAGCGCUCAUCCAAAUUAUCUACCUAGAGAUUUAUCGGAUGGACGAAUUGUUGGAGGAGAAGAUAUCGAGAUCGAGGAUGUGCCUUAUCAAGUGAGCGUCCUGGUUCGAGGACGUCAUAAAUGCGGCGGGACUAUAAUAUCGGACUACUGGGUUCUCACAGCGGCUCAUUGUGCUCAAUUUUCCCAACGAAUGUAUUCUGUUCGUGCUGGAACUGUGUGGAAGAACCAGGGCGGAACCAUUUACGAAGUUGACAAAGUGGUUAAUCACGAAAAUUACCGACUAAUAUUCGAUAUUCCAAUGGAUGACAUAGCGCUACUUCGAUUAGCAACACCUUUUGUCUUUGGCGAAGCUUGCCAACCCAUAGAUUUGCCCAAUAAGGGUGAAAAAGUUAAACCCGAAACUCAGACUGUCGUCACUGGAUGGGGCGAUACAAAGAGCUUCCCCUUUAAUGGCCGACUUCAAAUGGUCGUUAUUCCCACAAUUAGCAUCGAAAGUUGUCGAGAAGCUUAUAAUUUUACAAAGAUUCCAGACGAAGGAAGAAUUUGCGCGAUGACUCCAGACGGUGGUAAAGACGCUUGUCAAGGUGAUUCUGGUGGUCCGAUGGUGGUUGAUAAACGGCUUGUAGGGAUCGUAUCUUGGGGCGUUGAAUGCGCUGUUAAAGGAAAUCCCGGAAUUUAUACGGAAUACCGACAAGUAUUACUCAUCGCAACUAUCCUAGCCGUUGGAAUGGUUAACGCAAUUCACUGGUUUCCGAUGAUGAACCCUUUAACUCCUAACGGUCGGAUUGUCGGUGGAGAGCCAAUAGAUAUAAGAGAAGUACCUCAUCAAGUAUCUCUCCAAGCUUACGGCUUUGCUUUCUGCGGUGGUACGAUAGUCGCCGAAGAUUGGGUGCUUACUGCUGCUCAUUGUGCAGUUUAUUCAGCAAGCACAAUUACGGUUCGUGCAGGAACAACAACAAAAGGCAGCGGAGGAACUAUCCACACAGUAUCCAAGAUCAUCACCCACGAAGAUUACACAACAAACCGUUACGGGAUCCCAAUAAAUGACGUCGCACUGAUCAAACUAGCUACGCCCUUCGAAGUCGACGAGUUCCGGCAACCAAUCGACCUCUUUGAAUUCAAAGAAGAAGCUAUCGAGGGUAUUCAAUCGACGAUCACUGGAUGGGGUGCUACUGUUGAAGGUGGUUCUACACCCGACGUUUUGAACACCGUUGAUGUUCCAAUAAUCAACAAAUCAGAAUGUCAUGAUGCCUACAUUUCUUUCGGAGGACUUCCAGAAGGCCAAAUCUGUGCAGCUUAUCCAGAAGGUGGCAAAGACGCUUGCCAGGGUGACUCCGGUGGCCCACUGACUAUUGACGGUCGGCUAGCUGGAAUCGUUUCUUGGGGAAAUGGAUGUGCUCGUCCAGGAUACCCUGGAGUUUACACUGAAGUCGCCAGUUUUCGCGAUUGGAUCGAUAUUAAAAUAUCUACGAUGUAA